GUCGAAUGCACAAGCUCGUCUGCUCAGUAGAGUUCCAGGGCUUGGAAGGAGGGAAGCGGAUUGUCGGGGCUUCUUACUUUGUGCUGUGCGUAAGUGCUUUUGUAGUGGGCCAUCUGGACUGGCAGGAUUUCCUCCGAAUCUAAAAUAUGUUGUCUGAUCUGGAAAACUGUGGGCUGCUGUGAAAAUCUGGGAAGGCAGCAGGAAACGUAGACAAGAACUAGUUUGCAGCUUUCCUAACAGAGGUGACAAGAAUGGAAGACACUUUGCCUUGCCUUGCUUCUGUGUGCAAUAAUUCAUCAGCACUUAUAAACUUCUGCACUGAUGAUAGCAUUUCUGCAGCAAGUACAUCCGAUGUCCAAGACCGCCUUUCAGCUCUUGAACUGAGAGUGCAGCAGCAAGAGGAUGAAAUCACAGUGCUGAAAGCAGCUUUGGCUGAUGUAUUAAGACGUCUUGCCAUCUCUGAAGAUCAUGUUGCAUCUGUGAGAAAAUCAGCACCAAGUAAAGGUCAGCCAGGCCUCCGUGAAGCUAUCUCCAUGUCCUGCAUCACCAAUGGAAGUGCAGGAAGCAGAAAAGCCAGCCAUAGCCCUUCUGUUCCAAUAGCCCGAAAAGAAACUCUCUCAUCCGCUGCGAAAAGUGGUACAGAAAAAAAGAAGGAAAAACUUCAUGGACAAACAGAGAAAAAAGAGGACUCUCAUUCUAAUGAUCAAAGCCCACAAAUUCAAGCAUCACCUUCACCUUCUCCCCAGCCCUCUGCACAGACUCUCCCAACACACAGGCAGACCCCAGAAGUCAAGAGUUCUGCUCCAGGCAAAAGUGUAAAGAGAUUGUCUACACUUGAAAAAUCACACAGUGCAUGGGAAAGUUCAGAAGAUAGUCGUAAUAAACUAAUGAGGGCAACUUCUGCAUCAAAAUUGGUAUCCAAAAGUGGCAAGAAUGCAGAUAAACACAAAGAUGUCAUCGUCAGCCAAGCAAAAAUGUCAGCCCGAGAAAAGAACAGCCAAGAGGGAGAGUACAUCAAGAUGUUCAUGCGUGGACGGCCAAUCACAAUGUUUCUUCCUUCGGAUGUAGACAAAUAUUACGAAAUAAAGACAGAACUGCCUCCUGAGAAAUUAAAACUGGAGUGGGUAUAUGGCUAUCGUGGAAGGGACUGUCGAGCCAAUGUUUACCUCCUUCCUACUGGAGAAAUAGUGUAUUUCAUAGCAUCUGUGGUAGUACUGUUUAACUAUGAAGAGCGGACUCAGCGCCACUACUUGGGACAUACAGACUGUGUUAAAUGCCUUGCUGUUCAUCCAGAUAAAAUUAGGAUUGCAACUGGACAGCUAGCAGGAGUGGAUAAAGAUGGAAGACCUUUACAGCCCCAUGUUAGAGUAUGGGACUCCGUGAGCUUGAUGACUCUGCAAGUUAUUGGCCUUGGGACUUUCGAGCGUGGAGUGGGCUGUCUGGAUUUUUCAAAAUCAGACUCAGGUACACAUUUGUGCGUGAUUGAUGAUUCUAACGAGCACAUGCUGACCAUCUGGGAUUGGCAGAAGAAAUCAAAAGUAGCCGAGAUAAAGACUACAAAUGAAGUUGUUCUUGCAGUAGCAUUCCAUCCAACUGAUAAAGACACAAUAAUAACAUCCGGCAAAUCUCACAUCUUUUUCUGGACUUGGAAUGGCAAUUCUUUAACAAGGAAGCAAGGGAUAUUUGGGAAAUAUGAAAAACCCAAAUUUGUUCAGUGCUUAGCAUUUUUAGGAAAUGGAGAAGUUCUCACUGGUGACUCAGGUGGGAUACUGCUUAUAUGGAGCAAAACUACUGUAGAAGCCACACCAGGGAAAGGAUCAAAAGGUGUGUAUCAGAUAAGCAGGCAAAUCAAAGCGCAUGAUGGCAGCGUGUUCACACUGUGUCAAAUGAGGAAUGGGAUGCUGUUGACUGGAGGUGGGAAGGACAGAAAAAUAAUUUUGUGGGAUCAUGACUUGAACCCGGAAAGAGAAAUAGAGGUUCCUGAUCAAUAUGGGACAAUCAGAGCCGUAGCAGAAGGCAAAGCAGAUCAAUUUCUACUUGGCACUUCACGGAAUUUCAUUUUGCGAGGAACAUUUAAUGAUGGUUUCCAGGUGGAAGUACAGGGGCAUACAGAUGAACUCUGGGGUCUGGGAACACAUCCCUUCAAAGAUCUCUUCUUAACGUGUGCUCAAGAUCGGCAAGUUUGUAUGUGGAACUCGGUGGACCACAUGCUUGAAUGGACCAGGCUGCUAGAUGAACCAGGACAUUGUGCUGACUUCCAUCCAAGUGGAACAGUGGUAGCAAUUGGAACACACUCAGGAAGGUGGUUUGUUCUGGAUGCCGAAACCAGAGAUUUGGUUUCAAUACAUACAGAUGGCAAUGAGCAGCUCUCAGUGAUGCGCUACACAGUAGAUGGCACCUUACUUGCAGUGGGAUCCCACGAUAAUUUCAUUUACCUCUACACAGUAACAGAAAAUGGAAGGAAGUACAGCAGAUAUGGGAAGUGCACUGGACAUUCCAGCUAUAUUACGCACCUUGACUGGUCCCCAGAAAAUAAGUACAUAAUGUCAAACUCGGGAGACUAUGAAAUACUAUACUGGGACAUUCCAGCUGGCUGCAAACUAAUGAGGAAUCGUUCUGAGUGUAAAGAUAUAGAUUGGACAACGUACACUUGUGUGCUGGGAUUUCAGGUAUUUGGAGUGUGGCCUGAAGGAUCAGAUGGGACAGAUAUCAAUGCACUUGUCAGGUCCCACAACAGGAAGGUGAUAGCAGUUGCUGAUGACUUUUGUAAAGUCCAUCUAUUUCAGUAUCCCUGCUCCAAGGCAAAGGCACCAAGUCAUAAAUACAGUGCUCACAGUAGCCAUGUGACUAAUGUCAGCUUCACUCAUAAUGAUAAUCACUUGAUUUCAACUGGAGGCAAAGAUAUGAGUAUCAUUCAAUGGAGACUUGUGGAGAAAGUGACUCUGCCGCAGAAUGACAUUACAGUCGAAAUGGGCGCAACCAAAGUGCCUGUGAGUGUCAGUGAAAGCUUUGUACAGCCGAGCACCCCUGUUCCCCUUACUCAGCCAUUUGACGAAAUGGCAGCCAAUGAAAAUGUAACAGACAGUUCCAUGACAUCCUUGGAGACUAGCCUGGAGCAGACUGUGGAAGCCAAUGAAGAGCAGAGUGAGGAGCAAAGUGAGGGAAGCAGUCUGGAUCCAGGUGAGCCAAACUGUGAAGAACCAUCCAAUGAAACAAGCAAGGAGCAGAGUGAAUCCACUAUUACUGAAGACCAACAAGAAAACACUCUGUUGUCUUAACAGCUUGAGACUUUUUUUAAACAAAAUACUUUUUCCCCUCAGGGUGCAUACUUUUGUAAAAAGGAGGAGGGUUCAAGUUGGGGAAGGGAAGCAUCUCCAAACCAGGAGCAGUUUGGGUUUCAGUUGAAGACCUCUAGUCUGAUCUUCUGUUUUCAGUGCAUGGAACUAUUGUAAGGACCCAUAUUGAUAGUUCCAGUCAAGAGCUGGUCAGCAUAGUAGGAUGUAACCAUAGAUUAAAUAUAAUUCUGAAGUUGCUAUCAGAAAGAGGCACGGUGCAAAUGACUGGGGCUAGAGGGGGAAGAGGAAUUGGCUCCAGCCGUAUGCUGAGGGGGCAGGGGGAAGCCUUCUGUGAAAGAACUUUUAACACCAAACAGAAGGACUAAGUAAUACCUUCUGUGUAAUGCAUCCAAGGUGCAGCAAAGCAAAUAAAACAGCAAGCUCUUUAUGGAGCUCUUCCUUCUUUUUUUAUAUUAAAGAAAGAGGGAGAGAAGAAAAAGACAACAUCACAGCAGAGCCAUGUAGUACAUAAUGCUUGCUGCCUUCUUUAUUAACAUCUAUGCAAUUUUGAAACACUACUAAUUCCUACUAGCCUCCAGACACGCUCUGUCCUGGGUACUGCUAGUUCUAAGGCAACUCAUAUUCAAGAACACUUCUCAUUUCCUGACGAUGGAUCUUAAGUUCAGUCUUUUAAGACAACAACCUUUGAUUAGUUUUUGAAUUGACGACUGCCAUUUGACGUCUUUCCAAGGAGCUACUUGCCUAGACAUAUUGAAACUCAAGAACACCUACUGUGACCUUGAUGUGAACUGACUUGAUUGCAUGAUUACUAAAGUUCUAAUUCUCAAGUUAAACUUGGCCUUCGGAUGAUACAGCUCAUUCCCUCUCUAAGAGGCUAAAUAUUAGAGGAAUAUCAUUAAGUUAUGUAAUCUGGUGCUUGGGGUUAAUGUAAUAAAUCAAUUAUUUAGAGGUAACCAUCAGAAAAAGAAAAUGUCAAAUAUGGGUUUUUUUACAGCCUGCUUUUUAAUAGCUAUAAUAUAAAUGUCACAUUAACUUGGAUUACGUUGGAUAUUUUUGAAUUUCUCUCUUCUCUGUUAUAUUUUUGAUUGUUUUUCUUUUGCCCAGUUUCUAUAAGCCUUGCAGCUCUGAGAUGGCUGGACCUGGCCAGUUACGGGAUAUCAUGGCAUUUUAUUAUGCGUUUGGAAAAUUACCUUUUUUUAAAAAAAUACACAAAAAAACCCUGUCAGCUACACUUUUCUUAAUUAUCUAGUUUCCUACAUUUAAAAGAGUUUGCUGAAAAAAAUUCCUAGUUUAUGUUUUGAUUUCUUGGGAUCUUUUUUUAUUAUGCUGAUAUUUUAGGAUUUAGUUAGAAAUCGUGUUUAGAAACUUUGGAUGAGUUUGUUAAGUCUUAAGUGUGCAAGCGUUUACGUGAUUGUGCCAUUCCAAAGUGCAUCAGAACUGUCAUUCCCUUCUAGUAUCUUCUCAGGAGUAAAUACUACAGAUCAGGUAUCUAUUCAUCAUUGAUAACAUUGAGAACUCGGAACUCCCAAAGGACAAUCGUGUGUGCUUAUAUAUAUAUAUCUCCUCUUGUUUACAUCCAUUCCGGAAAACCUCAAGAUAAUUCUCUUCAAACAGAGAAAGGCAUGGAUUCCAAGCAACCCAUCUGUUUGUUUGUUUUUAAAACUGUGCAGUUAAAUAGUAAUGUUAUUGGAGAACUCUAGUAUGUGACUAGCUGCUUUGCCAAAUAAUGUCAGUGGGCAAAACAGAUGAUUGCAUCAAGGUGUAAUGCAUGGUUGGGAAAGCUGUGGCCGAACUUCAGCUCCCAUCAGCCCCAGCCAGCAUGGCCAAUAGUCAGGGAUGAUGAGAGUUGUAGUCUAAAAAAAUCUGGAAGGCCAGAGGUCCUCCACCCUUGCUGUGAUGGAUACCUUUAAAAAGAAUACACUUCUGGUGAAGAAGUACUUUGCAGUAAUGUUUUUCAAAGAUUAUUGGGCAUGGAGUGCUCUCUCGCGCUCUCUCGCGCUCUCUCAUCCUUGAAGCAAUGCCUUUUUGUUUGGAAAAAUCUAUUACUUGGGGGUUGCCACGUAAAAUGAGAGUUAACGUGAUUUUUCUCAUGCUGUAGUUUAAAGGAGUUUUUUUUCUAUUAUGCAAAAAAAAAAAAAGCCUUACAGCUUUUGAUUGCUGGCAACUACUGUUUAAUGGAUAAUAAAAUCUGUGAUAAUGGAUGGAAAUGGGUGGGUUUAUGUUAACUGUAGAUGUUUCAGGGGGAAAUUGUGAAUGAAAUAUGAUUUAAAGAGUGUCAUGUGAAGAUGUUUGAGCCAUUUCUAUCUAUCAUGCAUUCCUGUCUCAUGGCAGAAAAAAAAAGAUUUAAAAAA